AUGGACAACGCGUUGCAAAACCAGUUGCCAAAACCACCUAAAAUUGUACGCAAAUCUAAGCGACGUGUAGGCCUAUAUGGGCCAUUAACAACUGCUGAUGCUGUUCGCAAGGUUGCGGACAAUAUUGCAAAAUUGCCUAAGCGUACUGAGGAAGAUGAAGAAGAUGAAGCAAGCUCGGAGGGCCCAGAGGCCCUAGAUACACCUGUUCCGGCCGAAAGAAGGCCUACAUACACUAUUCCUAAUGGCGAGGAAGUAUUUGUAACCUAUCCAAAACGUUAA